AUGAGUUCACUGGACGCUCCGAAUCAGCUGUCACCACCUUGGCCCACCCCGGUCACGACAGACCUCUCAUCUCCCUGGAACACAAGCGACGUUGGCUAUUUCACUCCAGACGACACCGCUGGGGACCACAGAUACAUCGAAAAUAACACCACAUACUACACAAACGUCUUCGUCAAUCACAUCCGCAGCCCAGCCUUCUACAAGCCCGAGCCCGUCAUCCGCGCCAACCUUCACUUCUGUCUCCGCGACAAAGCACAGGAUUGGAUCGACAUGGAACUUAAUGUCAUGGAGAGAGAGAUGCUGCGCGUGCUGCCCCUUGAGACAGGCUGGAUCGAGGCUCUCCUGAAGCGCUUCAAGCCUCUUUAUGAUGUUGCUCUGCGCCGGUACAAGGAGGGACAGUACGCCAAGGAAGAUGCGGAGAACAGAUAUGACCCUGUCAAAUGGGCUCAUGGAAUGAUUCGCAAUUCUCAGGCGGCUGGUAUCACCAGUACUUAUGCACAGCUGAAGCAGAUCUGGUAUGGUAUUGAUUUGGAACUUCAGUGGCCGGUCAACUGCCCUGCUAAAAGUACUCUAGUUUCGGAGUUUAUGAAGGAGCUUGAUGAUGCGUAUGUUGAGUGGUGCGAUGGUGAGAACGAGUAG